UAUCAACAUUUGCCAAGUGUACAUGUAGUCAGAUGUGGUGAAUACUGUAGAAAAGGCGACGGAUGCGUGGGUGAAUAGCGGUGGGGUCUUCAUGUUCACGUUUCGAGUUGAGAGAAAGAGAGAGAGAGAGGAAGAGUGAGAGAGAGAGAAAGAGAGAGAGAGAGAGAGAGCAAGGGAGGGAGAGAGACUCAAACGCUACAGGCGAGGACCACGCGUUACAGAAGACAGACGGAGGCGCGCGACAUGUCUCAAAGAUCCAGGUGUGCGUGGACAUGCCUCAGGUGUCAUGCUCACAGAUCAUGGUCGCUGGGAUAAGCGUGGCUACACUGACAGACAGCAGAUAGUAUGCCAGCACAGUUGGCACGGCUCACGCGAUGUGGCACAACAUGGCACGCGUAAAGAUGGGUCUCUUUGCUCUCCUGUGUCUCCCCACGUUUUUCCUCCGCGUCCUUGUGUUUACCCACAGCAGCAGCAGCAGCAUCAAUGAGCGGUCGGUGAUCCCUCGCGCCGUGUCACGCUCUGUGGCUCGGAUGGACGGAGACGUGAUCAUCGGCGCGCUUUUCUCUGUCCACCACCAGCCGUCAGCGGAGAAAGUGGCCGAGCGGAAGUGCGGGGACGUCCGCGAGCAGUAUGGCAUCCAAAGGGUCGAGGCCAUGUUCCACACGCUGGACCGGAUCAACACCGACCCUUACCUGCUUCCCAACAUAAGCCUGGGCUGUGAGAUCCGGGACUCGUGCUGGCACUCCUCUGUGGCUCUGGAGCAGAGCAUCGAGUUCAUCCGGGACUCCCUCAUUUCCAUCCGCGACGACAAGGACGGGUCCAAAUGGUGCAUUGACGGCACGCCGUCCAACCAGCCUCCACCCACCAAGAAACCCAUCGCCGGAGUGAUCGGGCCAGGAUCCAGCUCUGUGGCCAUUCAGGUGCAGAAUCUGCUGCAGCUCUUCAACAUCCCGCAGAUCGCGUACUCUGCCACCAGCAUCGAUCUGAGUGACAAGACCCUGUUCAAGUACUUCCUGAGGGUCGUGCCCUCAGACACGCUCCAGGCCCGGGCCAUGCUCGACAUUGUCAAGCGAUACAACUGGACCUACGUGUCUGCUGUGCACACUGAGGGGAACUAUGGGGAGAGCGGCAUGGAGGCCUUCAAGGAGCUGGCCUCUCAGGAAGGCUUAUGUAUCGCCCACUCAGACAAGAUCUACAGUAACGCAGGGGAGAAGCACUUUGAUCGUCUUUUGAGGAAACUUCGGGAACGUUUGCCCAAAGCUCGUGUGGUGGUGUGUUUCUGCGAAGGCAUGACUGUCCGAGGUCUCCUGAUGGCCAUGAGGCGACUGGGAGUGUUUGGAGAAUUCCUCCUCGUGGGCAGUGAUGGAUGGGCAGACCGCUACGAGGUAGUGGAGGGUUAUGAGCAGGAAGCAGAGGGCGGAAUCACCAUGAAGCUGCAAUCUGAGGUUGUCAAGUCCUUUGAUGACUACUACCUGAAGCUGCGCCUGGACACCAACACCCGGAAUCCCUGGUUUGCCGAGUUCUGGCAGUACCGCUUCCAGUGCCGCCUGCCGGGUCAUCCACAGGAGAACAAGAACUACAAGAAAGUCUGCUCUAACCUCCAAGGUGGAAAUGAAAGUCUGCAUGAUAACUAUGUUCAGGACAGUAAGAUGGGCUUUGUCAUCAAUGCCAUAUAUGCCAUGGCUCAUGGCCUCCAUGAUAUGCACCAGGAGUUGUGCCCAGGAACGCCAGGACUCUGUGAGGCCAUGGACCCCAUCGAUGGCAGCAAGCUACUGGACUACCUCUUAAAGACGACCUUCAGAGGAGUCUCAGGGGAGGAGAUUUAUUUUGAUGAAAAUGGAGACACCCCAGGAAGGUAUGACAUCAUGAACCUCCAGAGUGUGGACGACAGUCGCUAUGACUACAUAAAUUUGGGCUCCUGGCACGAGGGCGUCUUGAGCAUUGACGACAACAAGCUGUGGUUGAACAGCAGCGACGUGGUCCGCUCUGUGUGCAGUGAUCCCUGCUCCAAAGGACAGAUCAAAGUGAUCAGGAAGGGCGAGGUGAGCUGCUGCUGGAUCUGCACCACGUGCAAAGACAACGAGAUUGUCCAGGAUGAGUUUACGUGCAAGGCAUGCGAUCUGGGAUGGUGGCCCGAUGACGAAUUGGCAGGCUGUCAGCCGCUGCCUCUGAAGUACCUCGACUGGGCAGAUGUGGAAUCCAUCGUUGCUGUGGUUUUCUCCUGUGUGGGCAUCCUGAUCACCUCCUUUGUCACCUUUGUGUUCAUCCAGUACCGCGAUACUCCCGUGGUGAAGUCCUCCAGCAGGGAACUCUGUUAUAUCAUCUUGGCAGGCAUCUUCCUCGGUUACAUCUGUCCCUUCACAUUAAUCGCUCGUCCCACGGUGCCCUCUUGCUACUUACAGCGGCUUCUGGUGGGUCUUUCGUCUGCCAUGUGCUAUUCUGCCCUUGUUACCAAAACCAACCGCAUUGCCCGCAUUCUGGCUGGCAGCAAGAAGAAGAUCUGCACCAGAAAGCCCCGAUUCAUGAGCGCCUGGGCCCAGGUGAUCAUUGCCUUCAUGCUCAUCAGUGUGCAGCUGACACUGGAGAUUACACUCAUCAUUCUGGAGCCUCCAGAGCCCAUCAAGUCAUAUCCAAGCAUUCGUGAGGUCUACCUCAUCUGUAAUACCAGCAACGUAGGCAUGGUGGCGCCACUGGGCUACAACGGCCUGCUGAUCAUGAGCUGCACCUAUUAUGCCUUCAAGACACGGAACGUCCCAGCCAAUUUUAAUGAGGCUAAAUACAUUGCCUUUACGAUGUACACUACCUGCAUCAUCUGGCUGGCCUUUGUGCCGAUCUAUUUCGGCUCCAACUACAAGAUCAUCACCACGUCCUUCUCUGUCAGUCUGAGUGUAACAGUGGCCCUCGGGUGCAUGUUCACCCCCAAGAUGUAUAUUAUCAUCGCCAAACCAGAGAGGAACGUCCGAAGCGCCUUCACUACCUCCGAUGUGGUGCGAAUGCACGUCGGAGAUGGCAAGUCCGCUCAGUGUGGAACUAACAGCUUCCUCAACAUGUUCCGGCGGAAGAAGCCUGCUCCCGGAAAUGCUAAUUCUAAUGGCAAGUCUGUGUCAUGGUCUGAAUCAGGUGCAAGACACCCUCCGAGGGGGGGGAAUGUGUGGCACAGACUGUCUGUGCAUGUGAGGAAACAGGAAGCCGGCUUGAAUCAGACGGCAGUCAUCAGGCCCCUAACUAACACCCCCGACCCCCACAGUUGCAAGCCCCCCACCUGUGACCUUGGCACAGACCAGCAUAUCCCUCAAGAACAGCCGGGUGCUAAAUCUCUGUACAACCAGGUGGAGGAAGACGAUGAGAGCGACGUGCAGCGCCCCCUCUGGAAUCCCACUUGCUCUGGACAGACGCAGAGGCUGACGCCCGAGUUAAAUAAGCCGGAUUCUCAUUUACCCCCUCGCUUGAUGAGCCGCACUGCAGAGCACUUGCAGGGGGCUGUGGUGGACACACACAGCUCCCACGUCCCCGCACUGAAUGAUCACGCACAAUGCUCGAAGGCAGUCCCCGCCGACGAGCCUUUGAGCUUGACACCCUCUGCGCUUCUGCGUGUGGGAGCAUUUGAAGAGCAAGGGUCUGAGGACGAGGAACUGGACCUCUUACACAGCUACAUUUAUAACGCCAAGGAGGAGGGGGAGGAGGGGGAGAUGCAGGAUGUAACUCAGAACAAGUCAACUCUGGAGGAUUCCCUGGCCCUCUCUCCCCCCUCCCCUUUCAGGGACUCUAUUUGUUCGGGGGAGUCUGUCAGUGGCUCCCCUGCCGUCGAAUCGAUGCUCGGGAGUCCUCCGAGCUCAGUCUACACCUCAAACAUGUUCCAAGACUUCGCACACAGCUCCUCGACACUGUGAGAGCAAAACAGGCACUGACACGGUGGCUGUCAGCACAAUUGUUCAUCACACGUUGUGACAUUGCAUUUGCACAAACAGCUACACAACCACGCGAGAACACACAAUAUUUACCUUUCAAGACAUUCUUCUUCUUCUUCUUUUCUUUUUUGCUCCAUCAUUCGCUUGCUCGUAUUUAUUACUCUGCUUUUUAUGAGUUAGGGGCCGAUGCCAAAUUGUAAGUAAGAAUCAUCCAUGAGUGCUCACAUUUGUUGAAGGGCUGACACAAAGCCUUUCUGAGAACAGAGUGCCAAAACUGAUAAGCUUUUGUGCCAAAAUCUUGUACGAAUAACACAACAUUGAGAAGUAAGGGAUGUAGCUGUGGUUUUCAUGGAACAAUUGACUGGUCUGCAACAACAAAUGUAAAGAAAAGUCCAGUCUUGUGCGCAAUAUGUGCAUUUUAAGAUGCAGCCGGACACCAAACUCUUAAAACCACAGUCACUCAAGUGCAUUUUCAUGCCAGUUCUGAUUAGCUCUGCUCCGCUCUGCCAACUCUUUUUUUCUCAUCAGUGUGUUUCACCUCACUUUUCUCUCUUCAGACCUCACUGCUGUUUGAAUAGAACACAGAUAGAUUAACAAGUGCAGUAAAGUUAAAUAUUACUUUUAUGUGUUGCAAAGUGUGCUCAACAACACAAAGAUACGAUCACGUGAACCGAGAGUCCACUGAAGACUCACGCUGUACGAUAUGUGACAAUGUGCCAAUUGAAAAAAACAACAAAAAAAAAGAAAAAAACGAAAAGAAAAAAGAUCAACCUACAUCCCUUCUUUGAAUUUCUACGAUGUAGCUGAUACAGGUUCGUGUGAUUGUAGAUGAUGGCUAUGUCGUUUAUUCCGUUUACACUCAGUCAUGACCCUGAGAACAAGUUUUAUGAGCAUGGGAUGUGAUAAAAGUGAGUUUGCUGUGUCAUUGUAAUGAAAAAACACAGUACUUGUACAAGGUCUCAAAGUUUGUAAUACUGUUAAGCCAUCUCUUGUUUUUCACACAGGUGGUAUGUUUGUAAUACUGAUAAAUGUUUCUAUAUUUAGAAUGUCAACUGAAAAAAAGAAAGAAAAAGUUUAUACAUUUUGAAAAACUGUCCUCAGAUUCUUGUCCAGGAGCAGUGUGUUUGGUUUUUGGGUAACUUUUAGGCUAACUUGAGUCGACUGUCUCCUCUUGAUAAUAUUCAGUUGUUAAAGUAACAGAUGAUUAGUUGCUUCUAGUAAUGACAUGAUACAUGUUUCGAUUUUCUUUUGCUUAAAUCUUGCAUUAUAAACUUCAGUAGUAAACUUCA